AUGUUCCACCUUACGGCUGUCAACAACACCGGCUUUCCCGUCUUCCGACAGCUAUCUGCCACCCUCGAUCUGGGCCUUCGCAGAACGUUCCCGUGGCUUUUCCUUGUGGCCGGUGUCCGCCAAGCCAUCCUGGGCGCCGACUUCUUACACCAUUUCGGCUUAUCUGUGGACGUCGCUCGCAAGCGCCUGAUAGAUACCUCCACCCAUCUGUCAGUUCAGGCUCGCUCCGUUCAUUCUGCAAGCCCUCUCAGCGGCAUCUCCAUUUCUGUCCUCCACUCGACAUACGCUGCCUUCCUCAAGGACUUCCCUAGUCUCACGCAACCACGAGAUUGGUCGCGCCCAGUCGCACACGAUGUCGUGCACCACAUACAGACCACCGGAGCACCCGUUUUCGCCCGGGCACGUCAGCUAGCUCCGGAGAAGCUGAAGAUUGCAAAAGCGGAAUUUGAGCACAUGCUGUCCAUCGGUGUAGCCAGACCUUCCUCCAGCAAUUGGUCCUCCGCUUUGCACAUGGUGCCCAAAAAGACCGGCGACUGA